AUGCUUCGCUCGUCACAUAGAUCCUUACGCAGAAGCAUGCGCUGCGCUGCAGCCGAGGUAUCCCAAGCAGGUCCCUCUAGCUAUGCAUCCUCCUCAGCACCAGCUCCAAGGCCUCGUUCGACACGCAAUGCAUCCAUCGCAUCCUUCUCCACAUCAUCUCCCCGCAAUGACACGCUCGCUGACCAUCGUAUCAUCUCCGAUCCUUUCCCUAAUCAAGACACCGGCUUCACUUACGAGCGCCGUGACCAGCUCGGCCUCCGCGGUCUCCUCCCACCUGCUAUGCAGAGCCUUAACACACAAGUCCUUCGCGUCCUCCACCAGCUUCGCAGCAAGGCUACUCCUCUCGAAAAGCACGUCAUGCUCGCUUCGCUGCGUCAGACCAACACUCGUCUCUACUACGCAACCAUUCUCGCCAACAAAGAAGAGAUUCUCCCUCUCAUCUACACUCCCACCGUUGGUGAGGCAUGCCAGAAGUUCUCUCACAUCUACCGCCGUCCCGAAGGUCUUUCGAUCUCGCUCGAGGACAAGGGCAAAAUUGCUAGCAUCGUCGAAAACUGGCCUGUUCCUGCAGGCUCUCCUCGUAUUGCCGUCAUCACCGAUGGUUCUCGUAUCCUCGGUCUCGGCGACUUGGGAUGGAACGGUCAAGGUAUCUCGAUCGGCAAGCUUUCUCUCUACGUUGCCGGCGCCGGUAUCCACCCCCGUGCUACACUUCCUAUCGUCGUAGACUUGGGCACCAACAACAACAAGAUUCUCCAAGACCCCCUUUACCUCGGUCUCCGACGCAAACGUGCCAGCACAGAAGAAUACAUUGAGUUUAUGGACGAAGUCAUGGAUGCUCUUCACUCGAGGUAUCCCAACUUGGUCAUCCAAUUCGAGGACUUCACCUCCGAAAACGCAUUCCGUUUCCUCGAUCGAUACCAGAACAAGUACCCCAUGUUCAACGACGACAUCCAGGGCACCGGUUCCGUCAUCCUCGGUGGCUUCGCAAACGCUGCCCGAAUCGCAAGCAAAGAGAGCGGUCGACCUCUGCACGACCACCGCAUUCUCAUGGCUGGUGCUGGUUCUGCCGCCGUCGGUGUGGGUAAACAGCUAAUGUCCUUCUUCAUCCGUCAAGGUCUAUCUGAGGACGAGGCUCGCGAGCGUAUCUACAUUACCGAUUCCAAGGGUCUCGUCACUAAGGAUCGUGGAGAUAAGCUACCAGAACACAAAAUCUUUUUCGCUAGAGACGAUAACUCUGGUCGUCAGAUCAAAGAUCUUGCUGAGAUCAUUGACUACGUUAAGCCCACCGCUAUUCUCGGUCUUAGCACCGUGAAGGGGACAUUCGACGAGACGGUCAUUCGCAAGAUGGCAGCCUUGAACCAGCGCCCGAUCAUCUUCCCACUCUCCAACCCCACCGAUAACUCGGAAUGCACUUUCGAAGAAGCUGUCAAGUAUACCGAUGGCAAAGUUCUUUUCGCUGCAGGAUCUCCCUUCCCCGAGAUCGAAGCCGAGAACUCUCCCACCGGCAAGAGAUUGAUUCCUGGUCAGGGUAACAACUUUUUGGUCUUCCCCGGUAUUGGUCUUUGCGCAGCGCUCUGCAAGGCAGGAAGGGUGACGAAUGAGAUGAUCACCGAAUCUGCUCUUGCACUUUCCGACGCACUCAACGAUGAAGAGAGGGCUGAGGGUAGACUCUACCCAAACACAGAGAGGAUCAGGGAGAUCAGCAGAGAUAUUGCCGUACGAUGCAUUCAGAUGGCUAACAAGCAAGGUGUCGCGAGGGAUGCAGGUAAGACAGCAGCAAUGGACCAAGAGCAACUGAGCGAUUGGGUUCACGGUGAAAUGUGGACGCCUAAGUACGAUACUCCUGAAGAUCAGUAA